AUGGAGCUUCCUUCUAUCCCUGUACCAAUUACCGAGUUUGUCGAAUAUGCCAACAAACACCCUCAGUCACACGCCGGUGUGGCCGAGGCAGUGAAACCAUUCAAGGCUUUCGAGACCAAGCUGCGAGAGAUCUAUGCACAACAUCCAAACCAUCCUGCUGUAAACGCCAAUCACCUGGUCUCUGUGUUCAAAAAUACUCCAGUUACUAUUCGAGCUAGGGACAUCGCCAACGAGUCCACUGCUGACAAGGACAAAUACCUGCUGCCUCUCUCAGACGAUCUUCGGCGGAAAAAUGGCUCCCUCGCCACUGUCUCAUCCCUGAAAGAGUUCAAGACAAACUUCAACCUGUUUUCUGAAUCCUCCCUUGUCGAUCUGGACUGGACAAAUGUCGUCGUUGCUGGAAGUGCCGUUGUCACUUCAUUGCUUCCAGUUGAAGCUCCCCACAACGAAUCCAAGGCGACAUACUAUCAUGAGAAGCUGGCUCCUGCUUCUGACGUUGAUCUCUUCCUGUACGGACUCGAUGAAGAGCAAGCAAUUGAAAAGAUCAAACAGAUCGAGUCCCGAAUCCGGGACAGCAUUUUGGCAGAGACCACAACUAUUCGUACCAAGAAUGCCAUCACCAUUGUUUCAGAAUACCCCACUCGACAUGUCCAAAUCGUUCUUCGUUUGUACAAGAGUAUUUCGGAGGUUCUCACUGGCUUUGACGUCGACUGUGCUUGCGUGGCCUAUGAUGGUCAACAAGUCUGGGCUUCACCACGAGCUCUAGCAGCCUUCAUGACCCAAAUGAAUACGAUCGAUCUCACAAGGAGAUCUCCAUCCUACGAAAAUCGACUGUCCAAGUAUUCCCACCGUGGUUUCGAAGUAUACUGGCCGGAAAUUGACCGCAGUCGAGUCGAUCCUACCAUCUUUGAGAGAUCCUUCUCAAGAGUUCAGGGUCUGGCCAGAUUGCUUGUUCUGGAACAGCUUCCACACCCCAAUGACAGAGACACAUAUCUGACGCAACGCCGACAGGAGAGAGGACGGCCCCCAUUGCCACGGAAUGCCAGAUUCCGUCAUCAGUUGCCUGGAAAUGUCAAAGACGCACAGCCGGAUGACGUUGCCGACUGGGUUGACGAAGAAGAAGUCUCCAAUUAUCACACUGUCAGCAUCCCGUACGGACCGAAGUAUAAUGCAAAGCGGGUGGAAAAGCUCCUCUUCACCAAGGAUUUGCUAUUGAACGCCGAGUGGAACAGACCGAAGGACAGGGAGACCAAAUUACAUCGACACCCGGCUUUUUUCGGCUCUGUGAAUGAUGUUAUCCAUGAUUGUUGUGGAUUCUGCCCGGAGCCAACCACGGACGAAGACUUUGCGGCUCUCGAAGAAGAGAGCAAACUUUAUGUCUCGGGGGGCGUGAGCUUUCUCAAAGAUGAUCCGGGACGACAAGCCAUCGGCAGCUUCCACCCCAUCACAGAUGUUGAUUGGACAGAAAUGGCGUACGUCGGCAACACGACAAGACUCUGUCAAGCAAUCGUCGAGCAAGAUCUUGAUGCUGUCAAAGAUUGGUUUUCAUCCACCGAAGGGGCCGAUGUCAACAGACGAGAUCACGCUGGUCGAACUCCUCUUCAACUAGCAGUGAUGUGUUCAACUCCCGAAAUCGUUCGGUACUUGAUUGACCACGACGCUCGCAUUGUCUCUAGAUUGUAUAACGGGAUGACUGCUUUGCACAUUGCUGCUCUUCGUGGAGAAGUGCGGAUGGUCAAAGAUCUCCUGGACAAGAGUGAAGCCAAUGAGAAGGAAGAGUCUCGCAAAGAAGAAGCAAGAAAACAUGCACGAAGAGCAAAUGCCCACAACGAAGCAGGAAGAACCGAACCGAGUGAGGCCGGGGCCAGUGACUCGUUUGACUCUGAGGAAGACUUCCAUGAUGAAGAUGACGAGGCUGACGACGUGACCGAAGGAUCCUUUGUGAGAGUGGAGAAGACCACGGAAGCAAAUGAUGUAUUGACCGAGGAUAAAGGCGGACCGGAUGUUUACGACGUUGACGUCCUCGCAUGGGAUAGUCCGCUGUCGCCUCUCCAUCUGGCCAUCCUGGCUGGACACAUUCCCAUUAUCGACGUACUCAUCGACGGAUAUGGCGCCGACGUCCUCCUUCCGGUCAAAAUUAUGGACCAAUAUAACCGAAAGAAUGCCAAAGCUGCGAUCCUGACCAUUAUACUGGCUCUCGAGCUUCCAUUGCAACAAGCAAACGAAGUCAUCAAAAAUCUCCUUGCUCAUGGCGCGACAUCUACUCAAGCCGACAUGAACCAUGUUUCGGCCCUUCAUUACGCUGUAAGCAAUGCAAAAGCUCUGAUCCUAGAGACUCUCCAGACCGCCGAUUCUGCCGCCUUCACAAAAGCUGCGAACUUCAUUGCCAUUUCAGGAUGUUGGACCAGUCCAAAUGUCGACGCACCUAUCCUGUCAGCAAUCCGAACCGGGAACACUGGCGUUGUAAAUAGUCUGGUUGCAAUGGGCGCUAAAACUCAUAUUGACUUUGAGGUAUUUGCUCGGACAUACAAGCGCAGCUUCGACACAACGUUGGAUGAUCCAACGGAAGUGAGAAAACUCUAUCAGAAACAUGUUGAGCAACCAAUCAUUGUCGCCAUGAAGAUGGAGAUGAUCGACUUGGUCAAUCAGCUUGUUGACAACGGCGAAGACGUCAACACACUGCCGAAGGAAGCUUACGCGUACCUUGAUCAUGAAUACUGGCGAGGCGAAGAUAAGUCCCUAUUGGAUCUCGUCCGAAGCAGGGUCGAGUUUCUGAAAAAGACCUUGGACACAGAAAAGGACAAGCAACUCAAAAAGCCAGAAUCUCUGGGCAAAGAUGAACAGUACCUCAAUUUUGAUCAAGGUUCGUACCAAUAUUGGACAGCAUACCAUGAUUUACGCGAUGCAAAACUUCUCCAUCGAUAUCAAACGCAACAAUACGCAGACAAACUUGCCUCUCAGAAGCCCGCCUCGGAAGAGGGUAACAAAGAACGAGAAGCUGCGGUGAAAGCUACCAUUUCCAAGUUAGUUGAACUCAGUGAAAAGCUCGUCAAGAAGGGUGCGAAGACUUUCUAUGAAUUGCACGAAGAUGUUACCAAACCAGACAACAGAAUGCGGCAAUACUACGGUGGAAAUGGGGGAUACAACACUGAGCCAUACAAAACAAAUAUAUCUUUUAUAGUCCUGGACCUAACCACGGAAAAGAAGGCCGAUUAUAUCCGGCUCUUUGAGGCUGCCUGGAAGGGUGACUCGGACACGGUGAGAUCACUUUGCUUGUCUGGAACAUGCCCUCUCCAGGUCGCUGUCACCGAUCUUCGAGGAUUCAGUCCAUUCUCGAUUGCGACUCUCCGAGGUCACUACGAUCUGGCGAAAUUGGUCGUCGAAAUUGCCACCGUUCAGUAUCAGCCUGGUGAGAAGUCAGAAAGAUACCAUUACAGUCUGCGUGCUGAACGAGGAUACGAUGAUGACAGCGAAUGCAGUGACGAUGGCGAAGGCUCCGAAAAGGGCGAUCACAUCGGUGUCCUCGCUCAGAUUAUCAAUGAAACUUUCACGGUCGAUGACGUGGCGGCUCUCGCCGACAAUGUCAAAUCGAAAGUUUCUCCCGCUACCAUGGUCUCCUGGGGUUGCCAAGUUAGUCGGGCCGUCGACGACAGUGUUGACGAACAAGAAGUCCAGCAAUGUUUGGGGGGGAUGUUCGCGCCAAGUGUUUAUGUCGCUGGCCAUUCUCAUCAAUCAUGGGCUUGGUUCAAUGCCGCCUUCGAAAACUUUUCCACAUUGAACCGCCAAUCUUUGAUUCGAUACGCUAUUUUCACAGACAAUAUGAGCCUUUUGAAAUUCCUCAUCAAGAUCCACAAGGAUCUUGAGACUCAAAAGGAAGAUGGAGACAGCUCGAGGGUAGCCCAUAUCGUCAAAGACGAUUUUGUACUCGCAUUCUACCUAGGCCGAGUUGAAAUGAUCGGCGAGAUCAUCAGGACCACUGGAUUUGGGUUCCCACUCCAAAAAAUGUUUCAGAAAUCGGGUGUCAACCUAGACGAAAAGCCAAAAUACUAUCAAGGUCUGACCGUUCACGGCAAGAAACGUCAAGACUGGGCGGAGGCGGGCAGGAAAGGGUCGCGUCCCAAGCAAGUCGAGUCUGACAUGGGGAUUCCCCUGCUGGUCGCUAUUGUCGAAGGUAACUUGGAGACCACGGAUUACUUCUUAUCUGACGCUCCUCUGCGUCGGUACAUGGAGUUUGCGGAGUCGUUCAAGAACGACAAACGCAUCCAGGGACUAGCGCACACCGAGGGCGGUAUCCAGGGCACCUUGAAUGCCUGGCUGUCUACACGAAACAGCUUUGCUCUCCAUGUCGGUGUGUUGUCACGACCUACUGAGGACGGGAGUCAGCCGACCUUCGAUUUCCUACUCGAAAAGAUGCCGCAGUCUUUGGAGGUUCGUACAGCCGACGGCAGGACUCCCCUCCAUCUCGCUUUUGAGGUGGGCAGGUAUUACGCCGCGCGGAAAUUGAUUGCGGCUGGUGCCAAUCAAGCUACCAAGGAUCACAAAGGAAGAAACAUUCUACACACCAUUCUUGAUACCAUCGAUCCCCACAAACAUGCUUUGCUUCGAUCUGUUUUGGGAAUUCUUGACCAGAAAAUCAUUCCUCCGUUGUUGCUCGAGCGAUGCGGUGGAACUGAGACUGCCGGUACGACUCCUCUGGCUCUAUUUUUGGGCCAUAUCCACUCCGCCACCGGUUGGGAGGAAAGUGUCAAGAUUGUCCUGUCCUACUCGAACGGCAAGGACCUGGAGAAAAUAAAUGGUGCAGGAGACUAUCCCCUGCAUUCUCUUAUCCGCAGAGGUCACCAACAACUGGUCAAAUUUAUUGUCGAAUACCGCCCCGGAUUGUUGUACUGGGAAAACGCGACGGGCAUGACCCCUUCUGACGUAGUGACUACCAGCUACCUACGACACCACAUCGAUCAUCCCCCAAGACUAGUCAAUACAGAUGGGUGGAGCAUUAAGAACAAGCCAGCAAUAGAAUUUGUCAAGAAAGGUCCCAUGGCCUCCAAGGCGGAGACAGAAGAUGGUGUCAAUCGAAGCAUCGAAUGGCAAAUGUAUCGUCUCAUCAACUCCCUCAUGGCCAAGCAUCCGGCAAAGAGAAAGCUGAUUGCACUGCAUGACGCGAACGAAGUCGCCAAACGCCUCGCAUUGCAGCAACAGAAGAAGAAUGAAGAAAACCGCCGUCGCGAGAGACUGGGACUGAAAGCCGCCCGUUUGAGAAGAGGACGGUGUAAUGGGCAGCCUCGAAAUGAUACUAACUCGGAACAACAAGAUGACAUCACCGAUUAUCUUCACCAUGCACAGAGAUUUACUAAGUGGGAUGAGAUGGUUUGGAGAAAAACCGAAGCUCGCGAGACUGGUAAGGAGAUUGAGGAAGAGUACAGUAUUAGCGAAAACAUCUGGGGAUGGCCGAACGACAAUCAAUUUUAUAAGAGGAAACCAGCUAAGAGGUCUGUGUUGGGUGGUGAUAUGCCGAGAAUGAAACUAUGA